UGACUUCGUGUUUAACUGUUCGUAUUGACGGUGGAAUUUUCAAAACCAAACGGCAACAAUUUAAAAAAAAAUAAUCAUAUUCUCUGAGAGUCACUUACCAGAGGCACAUUACAAAUAAAAUUAUUUACAACAACAAAACAAAAAAUAAAAGAAGAUAUUGUCAUUUUUAUGCUGCCGCUGCUGAAUGGCAACAAACGGUGUUUUUGUUUUGGAAUUUUUCCCUGCUUCUAAGCAGCAAGUGUGAGUGCGUGCGAGCGUGCGAAUGAAUGUGUGACGGCAUUUUGACCCAGACCAGAAGUGAAAGAUUAACAAAUUCCAGUGGUGAAUAAUAUUUCGGCUUAAUUAGAAUUUAUGUGAAAAAAAAUCUUUGAUUGAUUUAUUGAAUGGCCUUUCAAAAAAUUGUGUGUGAGAGUAAAACCAAUCUCUUGUAAAGUGUUCGCCAGUCUAAGUGGAUCUGUGUGCGUGUGAAUGAACUUGAAAAUUGUUUGACAACCACGACAACGGAAAACGUAAACAAAAAAACUAAAUGUGUGCGCUUAGAGUAAUCAAAGCUUCAAAAUUGCAUAAAUUACAAUUCAAGUUCUUGUAAAGCGAAGGAGGAAAUCUUUCGCAACCGCAGCAAAGUAGCAACAACAAUUCAAUCGCUAAUACCACAUUUUUGUGUUGGCUGCUGUGUGGAAACUUCAGAAACGUUGUCGGUCUAUCGGUCGGUCGGACGUCGGGUUAGAAGCCGCAAGUUUGUUUACCCGCAAAAAUAAAGGUGCGUUUCUUGAAGCCAUUUGGCAAUUACAUUCAAGUGGUUGUCUGUCUAACUGACUGUCAUGUCAGAGGCAAAAUUGUGUUUAAUUUUCUUUUGAAAAUUGUGACAACAAAAGAAGUGCUCACUCAAUCUCAAAUAAAACGAAAAUAAAAAAAUUAAUGAAUUUAAAGUGAUUUGAAUUUGAAACGAAAAAGGAAGAGUUAUCAAGAAAAAAAAAUUAAAUUAAAAGAGGUGUUCUUAAGUGCUUUUUGCUAAAAAAGAUCAUAAAUUUCAGUUUAAAAAUCGUUGGUCCCAAAACAAUCUUUACGACCACAAACGAAUAUAAAAACAACAUUCUCCUUGACAGGAUGAAAGCAUUAAAUAUGGACUUUUACCCACAACCAUCUGCGGCAUUAUCUGCCGCCUCAACUCUCUCAUCGAAAUCUUGGGAUCAUAUGCCACGCAGGCGCAGAAGAUUCAUGGGCCAGAUGAAUUUAAUGUUAUUGAUGUUUCUGGGCUGCUGUAUCGGUGCGAUUUUAUGGCCCCAGUUUAGUGUUGCUGCUGCCGCAUCGGAUUCCUCACUGCAAGACUUUGGAUCCGUUACUGGGAAAGGUGAGAACAUCUUUAUGCUUGCCAGCAGCAGCAGCAACAACAACAACAACAACGGUGAUGAUCUUGGCAAUGCCUUUCCCGGCUCCAUACAAGGCAAAGGCCAUGCAUUCGACGACGACGAUGACGGAGACGACGAUGAUGACUAUGGCGAUGGCGAUGACAACAAUCAAGGUGAUGCAACUAAUGCUGCAAAAAUGCCACUAAUGUCAAAUGCCAGAAAAGAACAAGCAUCGAUCGACGAAGACAUAGAAAUGAUGCAACGCUCACCACAAUCUUCUAACAUGCCAGUGCCCGCAGAUCUCAACAAGCCACAAUCUGAAAAUAAUCGUCAUCUUAGAUAUCAGCAAAUACAGCAAGCUCUGCGAGAACCCAUAACACCUUUGCCUCCCAAACACUAUCAUCAGGGGCAUCACCAUCGUCAUCAUCAUCAGCAGCAGCAUCACAACAACCACCACCAGCAACAACAUUAUCGUCAUCAUGGCAAACACACGGCCGAGGACAAGAAGGAGGAGCAGGAGGAUGAAUUUAAAUGGCCCUUGCCACCACCUCGUUCCAGGCAACACUACGAGCAUCAUCAGAGGCAACAACAUUUGCGCCAUCAUCAACGACAACAUUUGCAUCACCACAGACGGCACAAUUUCACUGGCACCGCAACAACAACCAGCUCCACAACGACAACCACAACUAUGAGACCCCGUUAUUUUGAUCGCGACGGUUUGUACAGCAAUUCCAUGGCCUGGUUGCCGCCAACCACUCAAGGGCCCCUGCACGAGGAGGAUGGGGAAGGAGAGGGUGAAGGCGGAAAACAAAACAAACAUUUCUAUAAUCCCCAUAAUCGUUUGUUCAACGAUGGCGAGGACGACCGCCAAAAACAGCAGGAGGACAAGGAACAGGAAUUCAAACGCAUUUCGCUGUCGUUGGAUGCCCAAAAGGAUAGCUUAGCCGGGGAUAAUGGCGAUAAUAUCUUAAAACUCGAUAGCGCCGAUGAUGAGUUGGACGAUGAUGAUGACGACUAUUCCUACGAAGAUGACCUUGAAGAUGUGAACACCAAAAAUAAGAGUCCUCCUGUCGGAGGGCCCAAUGCUGCAAAAGUCAAUGUUAAACGUUACACGGCCCCAAACAGAAAUCCCUAUAAGCCCUCCGUCUCCUCCUAUGGCUCCCGGAAACGUCCACAGCCACCCGCACGAAAUGCCUUUGAUGAAGACUAUGACAGCCCAGCUUCAAAUGACAACAACAACAACGAAAAUGAUGAUGACACUUUUUCCGAUGAGAAAUGGAAUAAAAUUGAACACGAACACUAUCGCAAACAGCAACAACAUCAAAGAGCCAUGCAGGCCUUGCGUUCGCGGCGACCAUCGACAGGACCCGCAACUCUGGAUAAUUCUCCCAACAGCGUCAAGAACAAUAAAUACUCUUCCUCUGCUUCUUCAUCAUCAUCACCGGUGGUACUUUCGAAAUCAACAGCAUCAGCAAAGCGUCCAGUUGUAAAUGAGGACGAUUCGGAUAACAUCUAUUCACGCUAUUACGUGCCGGGCACCGUGACCCGCAAAAAGGAGGAAGAACUUGGUUCACCCACAUCUGUAUUGGAGUCCAGGCGUCAAUAUGUCUUGCAGCAAAGACAAAAUAAAGCCUUUGCCAGUGCCCAUCAUCGACGUAUUGUAAAGGAGGGCUCCUGUCGCAUACCACAACCACGAGUUGAACGCAUUCGUCGUGACUCUUGGAAAAUCUACACACCGCAUUGCACAAUUUUACAUCGCUGCGCGGACGAUACCGGCUGUUGUCCCACAGAGCGUCAAACCUGUGCCCCCAAACGCACAAAGAAUGUGGAUUUAUACUUUUUUGUCAUAACCCUCAACGAAACCCAGGGCUCAAUAGAAAAACUCACAUUUGUCAAUCACACAGAAUGUCAUUGUGUGGACAAAGCGAAGCAGCGUUCAGCUCUGUAUGAAGCCGACGAAGCAUCUUCGGAAAUUGCCUCGAAUCACAUACCCUAUCUGCGAAGAGCCACCAUUCUGAACUGCAAUUGUCCCAAUUUGUUUGAGAAAAUUCUGCAAGAGGAUGGUUUUUGUCGAUGUGACUGUUCGUCGGGCAAUAUGGGCUGUGAUUGGCUCAAACGUGGCAUGGAACAUUUCUCCAUGAAUGAUAGAAAAUGUAUUCUGGAGGGUCGUUGCAAGCUGCCCACCUGUGAGUAUGGCACAUAUAUGAAAAAGGUGGGCCGCUGUCCGCGACGUGAAGAACGACAAGACUCAAUGGACACGGUUGAUUGGUGAGCCUCAUACUAGAGUUACAUUUAAAUGGCCAAAAGCUCGAACCUUUUGCCAUUAAUGAGCGUUCACACAAUAACAACAAACGAAGCUAAAUCGACGAAACGCCAACAACAAUUCCGCACAUAGGAACAUUUUUGUAAUAAGUUGUCGGAUAUUUCAGAUAUAAAUGGUAGUUGGACCUUGUAGCAGGCGUUAGAACUUCAGCGCCCAACUAAUGUUAUUAAUUAAAAAAAAAAAAAAAAACACAACAAACAUUAACUUAAAGUAUUAUACGUGAAAACCCCCACAUCAUCCAAGAUAAAAAUUUAUUAUUAUUAUUGAAUAAAAAUUAUAUUAUUUAUAAAUUUAGACUUUUUCGAAAUUAAGUAAUGUUACAAAACGAGAAGAAUAUAAAACUUUGAGUCAAAGAAUACAAAAAUAAAAUAUAAUUAAUUAAUAAAAAAUAAUUAAAAGUUGAUAAAGAAACCACUAUUGGUGCAAUGUUCUUGAAAACAACAUCUACUCUAAACAAUUUAAUAUACCAAUAUUAAAAAUAAUCAAUUAUAUACGGAUAUACAUUGAAAGAAGAAAACCAAACGAAAAAAAAGAAGACAAACAAAAAAUCUACGAAAAACAACAGCAAAAUCAGUGUUCUUACAACAGAAAAGCAACAGCAUAUCUUUUGAAUUCCCUCCUAUUAAUCUUUAUAUCUGUAUAUGAAAUAUUGUAGUUUUCUAUUAUUACUAAUUAUAAUUAUUAGUAUUGUAUUUACUGUUAUUACCCUACCCUCCUUACAUUUUAGUAAGUUUUUGUCUACGAAUCUGCAUUUAGAAUAUACGUGAAACAAAACAA